CGCGCGGCGCCGCGCGCUUUCCUGGGCGGGAGCAGCAAAAUGGCGCCAGAAGUAGUGGCGGGUUGAGGACGCUGGCCCCCCUCGAAGCCAACCUCGCGGGCCGCGGGCCGCCCCAGCCGCUGCCGGGCAUGGAGGACGUGGAGGCGCGCUUCGCCCACCUUCUGCAGCCCAUCCGCGACCUCACCAAGAACUGGGAGGUGGACGUGGCGGCCCAGCUGGGCGAGUAUCUGGAGGAGCUGGACCAGAUCUGCAUUUCUUUUGACGAAGGCAAAACCACAAUGAACUUUGUUGAGGCAGCGCUGCUGAUCCAGGGCUCCGCCUGUGUCUACAGUAAGAAGGUUGAAUACCUCUACUCACUGGUCUACCAGGCCCUCGAUUUCAUCUCUGGCAAGAGGAGGGCCAGGCAGCUCGCAGCGCAGGAAGACGGGGCCAGCAGGGACGCCAGCUCCAGGGCCUCCCAGCGCGUGGAGGAUGAGUUCCUGUCGCUGGAUGACCUGCCCGACACCCGUGCUAACGUGGACCUGAGGAAUGAGCAGGCCCCUGGUGAGGUCACCAUCGUCCCCCUCCUGCCCAUGGCCCUGGUAGCCCUGGAUGAGAUGGACAAGAACAACAACCCCCUGUACAGCUGUCAGGGGGAGGUCCUGGCCAGUCGGAAGGAUUUUAGGAUGAAUACGUGCACCCCUCACCCCCGAGGAGCCUUCAUGUUGGAGCCAGUGGGCUUGUCCCCCGUGGAGACACUGCUGCCCAGGACGGGUGAGGGCUCCGGUGUGGGGCCUGGUGAGGCUGGGUGGGCUGAGGAGCAGCCAAUGGAAGUCUCUGUGAUCAGGAGUCCGGUCCCUGUGCCCGGCAUCUCCCAGGAGCCAGGCACGCCCCCAGAAGGCCCGAUGCCCGGAGGCGGGGACGAGGAUGAGGAUGCAGAGGGGGUGGCGGAGCUCCCUGAGGUCCCCCUGGAGCCCAGGAGCCCGCAGCAGAGCACUGCCCAGCCCAGGAGGUUUGAGCUGAGGGAGAGGCAGGAGGCCCUGGAGCCUGUGUCCCAGCUGAAGGAGACCCCAGACCCCUGGCAGAGCCUGGACCCCUUCAGCUCCCUGGACUCCAAGCCCUUCAAGAAAGGUAGACCCUACUCCGUGCCCGCCUGCGUGGAGGAGGUUCCGGGACAGAAGCGCAAGAGGAAGGGUGCCACCAAGCUGCAGGACUUCCACCAGUGGUACCUGGCCACCUAUGCUAACCAUGCUGACAGCAGGAGGCUCCGGAAAAAGGGCCCAUCCUUUGCAGACAUGGAGGUCCUGUAUUGGAAACACGUGAGGGAGCAGCUGGAGACCCUCCGGAAACUGCAGAGGAGGGAGGCAACUAAGCGGUGGCUGCCGAGGGCCGAGGAGGGGCUGUGGCCUGUGGAGGAGGACCGCCUGGAGGACUCCCUGGAGGAGCUGGGGGCAGCAGCAGAUGACUUUCUAGAGCCCGAAGGAUUCGCAGAGCCUGACGCGGCAAAGCCUGAGGACGCUGCAGGCCUGGAAGCAGAGGCCAUGCCGGCAUCCCUGAGCUACGAGGAGCUGGUCCGGAAGAACGUGGAGCUCUUCAUCGCCACGUCUCAGAAGUUCGUCCAGGAGACGGAGCUGAGCCAGCGUGUCAGGGACUGGGAGGACAGCAUCCAGCCCCUGCUCCAGGAGCAGGAGCAGCACGUGCCCUUUGACAUCCACCUUUAUGGGGACCAGAUGGUCUCAAGGUUCAGUCAGCUCAACCAGUGGUGUCCCUUUGCGAAGCUGGUGGCGGGCCAGCCUGCCUUUGAGGUGUGCCGCGCCAUGCUGGCCUCCCUGCAACUGGCCAAUGACCACACGGUAGAGAUCACCCAGCAGCCAGGGCUGGAGGCGGCUGUGGACACCAUGUCCCUAAGAUUGCUCACGCACCAGCGGGCCCACAAGCGCUUCCAGACCUACACCGCCCCCUCCAUGGCUCAGCCCUGAGUGGGCAGCCCUGUCCCCCAUGAUGUUGGGCACACAUCUGCUCACUCCACACUUGCUUCCUGGCUGGCCCAGCCUAAUAAAGUGGUGUUGCCACCCCA